UGAGAGCUGAAGCGCACGUGCUCCUGCUGCCUUGGAGUUGAGAGACGCAUGACAAGCUCGAGCCUCAGUAGCAGCGACGUGCGGAGCGUAGUCACCCUAUCAUCCUUUUUACUCCACUAACUGCAGCUUAUCUACGACUGACUAUCGGCAAAUAUGAAGGACCACACGCAGGUUUUCGUCUGGCUGCAACUUUUCACAGCUUGUCUGGUGUUUGGUGUCAACGGGGAUUACUGUGAGGUGAAUGUGUGCAUUAAUGGUGGGACCUGUGUGACAGGAGCAGGAGCUCCAUUCAUCUGUAUCUGCCCUGAUGGAUUUUCUGGAGAAACCUGCAAUGAGACUGAGACUGGACCCUGCAACCCCAACCCGUGCAAGAAUGACGCCACCUGCGAGGUGACAGGCCACUCCCGCCGCGGUGAUGUUUUCAGCGAGUAUGUCUGCAAGUGCCAGCCGGGCUUUGAAGGAGUUCACUGCCAGAGCAGUGUCCGAGGGGUGGAUAUAAGUUUGAAAAAAGAUGUGAACGAUUGUGCUGGACAGCCAUGUGAGAAUGGUGGCACCUGCAGGGACCUGAAUGGAGACUUCAAAUGCCACUGCCCCUCCCCUUAUGUGGGCAAACAUUGCCAUCUGCGCUGUGUUUCUCUGCUCGGCAUGGAGGGAGGGGGCAUCGCCGAGUCCCAGAUAUCUGCCUCAUCUGUCCGCUACAGCCUGCUGGGCAUGCAGCGCUGGGGACCUGAGCUCGCCCGCCUCCACAACAAGGGUCUGGUUAAUGCCUGGAGUGCUGCUGCACAUGACAGAAACCCAUGGAUAGAGAUCAACAUGCAGAGGAAGAUGCGCUUCACAGGUAUCGUGACUCAAGGUGCCAGUCGCAUAGGAACAGCCGAGUUCAUCAAGGCCUUCAAGGUGGCUUCCAGCCUGGAUGGCAGAACAUACACCAUGUACAGAACAGAUGGACAGAGGAGGGAUCAUGUGUUUGUUGGGAAUGUGGACAAUGAUGGCACCAAGACCAACCUGUUUGACCCCCCAAUCAUCGCCCAAUACAUCCGCAUUGUCCCUGUGGUUUGCCGCAAGGCCUGCACCCUGCGCAUGGAGCUGGUGGGCUGUGAACUCAACGUGUAUUCAAACACUUCAGGUUGUUCAGAGCCGAUGGGCAUGAAGUCCCGGUUGGUGUCUGACCGUCAGAUCACGGCCUCCAGCGCCUUCCGCACCUGGGGCAUCGAGGCUUUCACCUGGCAUCCUCACUAUGCCCGACUGGACAAACAGGGCAAAACCAACGCCUGGACCGCUGCUACCAACAACCAGUCUGAGUGGCUGCAGGUGGACCUGCUGUCCCCAAAGAAGAUCACAGGAAUCAUCACACAGGGGGCCAAAGAUUUUGGCUCCAUCCAGUUUGUCACCGCCUUCAAAGUGGCUUACAGUGAUGACGGAAAGUCCUGGACCAUUGUGAAGGACGAGACCACAAAGACAGACAAGAUCUUCCCAGGAAAUGGUGACAACAAUGUUCACAAAAAGAACAUCUUUGAACCCCCCUUCUAUGGCCGAUACGUCCGCAUCCUGCCGUGGGAAUGGCAUGAGCGCAUCACCCUGCGCACAGAGCUUCUGGGCUGUGACGAGUAGCACCCCGCGGUACCUGCCUACUCCCUCCUCCUUGUUUCUCUACCUCCUCUCCUGUUCCUCUACCCUCCUUCCUUUCUCCCUCCUGACCACACCUGCACUGCCUUGCUCUCAGCACUAGGGGGCAGCAAACACCAGAUAGCAUAUUGCCACCCCAACACUGGUUGUUUGGAGGUGGGUGAUGUUACCCCUAACCCCUGUUACCAGGUCCCAGAUUGAGAUUAGCUCUCUUUGUUCGUUUCCUGAAUUGCUCUUGGAUCUUUUCCACUGAAAUAAAUCUGUGACCAUUUCAGGAAUCAACAUUUGUUACUAAGCAGAGCUGGGGGGGUCUUUUUCUUUAACCCUGCCUCCAGGCUAACUUAAAUUUGGGGACUCAGUCAUCCCUAUGACAGAGGUCAGGGGUAACAAGACUGCUAAUGCAUCUGUUGGGUGCUGCCUGGACUCUGAUCCUAGAUCUGUUCUACCUGGAACAUUGAACCUCCAAGACCCACAGCUGGUGAUGUACAUAAGUGCCACUUAACAGCGUGCACAUGACCUAUAACUGAACAUUUGAUCGCCCCCCCAGAUGCAAAGAAUAAUAUAUAUCGUCUUUAGAGAAUGCAUUGAUGCUUUUGGUUGAUUAUUUUUUCCCAAGAAAUGUGUCUGCACGUAAAGAAUUAGAUUACAGUGGCAGAUAACUGGAACUACUGUCACUAAAUCUUAUGGAAGCCAUGCUUGGUUUUCUUUAGUGGGGAAAAGCUAGCAAGUCAACUACAAAAAAAUAAAAAAACCAAUAUACAUUUAAAUAUUGUGGUCUUUGUUAUGGGAAAAUAAGAGAGUUGAAAUCUCAAGGAGUCCCACUGAGUGUGCAACAGUGUUCCUAUUCUGUUCCUACAGUAAAAUCCUGAGUCCAUGUUUUCUACAGUACAAUUUAUUUGAUGUGCUUAAAAGUGCACCACUCAAGGUGUGCACUAUUCACUUUAUUACAACUUGUAUGUGUAGUAGCCAGUAACAGAAGAGCUAAAACCCCACUAUCAAACCAAUCCUCAUUUUUUACUCAACUCAAAUCCUGGUUCAGGUUUUACAAAGUCACAUGAAAUUUGGUGCCAGGCCAUGGCAUGAUUUGGCCAAAUCAGGGUCAAGUUUGGCACAAACACACUUUCUGGUUUUGUGGGUUUAUUUAGAAAAAUAUAGUAAGGUGUACAGACAUACACAAGGACAAAAGACAAACCAGUCAAUGAAUGGGACAUAAUCACUGAAGCAUCACAGCCAGUUUAUUUGUCAAAAUAGAUGUUCUCAUUAACCCUCU